CGGCCACAACAGCUCGACCAGAAACGCGAACACGUCGGAGCAGUGACUUCCGGCGGAAGGAGAAGCCAGUCCGGAGUUCUGGCCGACAGCAGGCGAGGAGUGGGCAGCAGCGCCUAUGUGAAGUUAGCUAAUCUGAGAAGGCCCACUUCUGGUUCCAUGGAUGAUGGCGGUUGAGCAGAUGCCAAAAAAGGAUUGGUACAGCAUCCUGGGGGCAGACCCAUCUGCAAAUAUAUCAGACCUAAAACAAAAAUAUCAAAAACUCAUAUUAAUGUAUCAUCCAGAUAAACAAAGUACAGAUGUACCAGCAGGAACAGUGGAGGAAUGUGUACAGAAGUUCAUCGAAAUUGAUCAAGCAUGGAAAAUUCUAGGAAAUGAAGAGACAAAAAGAGAGUAUGACCUGCAGCGGGGUGAAGAUGAUCUAAGAAAUGUAGGACCAGUAGAUGCUCAAGUAUAUCUUGAAGAAAUGUCUUGGAAUGAAGAUGAUCACUCUUUUUAUCUGAGUUGCAGAUGUGGUGGAAAAUACAGUGUUUCCAAGGAUGAAGCAGAAGAAGCCAUAUCUUCAAUGCAUUAUACUUCAAUAAUGACCAUGAAGAACCAGAAGGACCUAUUAUAAAAUCAUCAGUUGUAAAAUUAAUGAUGGUGACCUUCUCCUAAAUGAAAAGACUAUCUCCUAUAAUGUUCUAUGUAUAAACUGGUAAAUAACAAAAUUUUUACUCAGUGACAAUCAUAAGCAUAUUUAGAACAGAAUACGUUGUUUUUUUUUAAGCCACCUGCAAUAUGAGACAUUUGCCUAUUUCUGUUCAAUGUAAACUAAAAAACUUACUUUCCAGCAACAAUCUUUAAAAUUGCUUUUUAUUUUUAUUUUACAGUUUUGUUAUCUAAGACAGUUGAAUUAUUGACCAGACUAAAAUGAUCUAUGCAUGGAGAAGGAAUUUAUUUUCACUAUUCUUUUGACUGGUUUUACUUGUAAACCUUUUAUGAAGAAAAAUACACUACUGCGUUUAAUAAGAGAUAAUGCAACUUUUUUUUUUAAUCACAAAUUACUUUCUUGAAAAGUAAAUGUAUACAAGAAUGUAAAAUUUGAAUUUCACUUACAUAAGCGAUUUUAAGAUUCUGGAAGGUCUUAUGUACAAAUAUUUGCCAAAAAUCUCCAAAUUAACUCUGCAUUUAGAUACAUUUAAAUGUUAAAUCUAUUUGUAGAAAAAGGACAUAAGUUUACUGAAAGAAUAUCAGAAACUGUAUGAUCAUUCACUUUUAUUACUGGAACUAGUUUGUCCAAGGGCCAAUAGCAAGGCCACUUCCUUGCUAUCUAAUAAAAUAGACAUAUGUGCAGUGAAGUGUAAGACUGCUCUAGUAGGAAAGUGUGUACAUCACAGUCAUGAAAAAAGGAACAAAAUAGUGAAUUUGGAAAAGCCAUAUGUAACCAACAUUCUGAAGUGUUACUUUGAUAAAGCUAUAAUGUGAACAUCUUUUGUGUCUAAAUUUCCAUAGUUUCUCCCUAAAAUGUGUUUUUUCCUGAGUUCUAAAAACAGGUAAUAUAUAUGAAUAAAUAAAACCAUGUAGUUAUGGACACCAGUAAAAGUAAAAUAAAAACAUUCUACAAACUAAUAAGGCAACUAUCAACAAUCUAGGGAUAUCUUUGUCUGACCAUCCCAUUGAUGGUAAACCAGGAUCAGUGGUUUCUACAUUCCAUCUCUUCAUGAAGCUUUCCCUAAACUUGCCUGCCCAUACCAACCUGAUUGUUUCCAGCACUUAACAUACAAAGUCAGCCUUGCUUGGGGCCCUACAUUAUAACCUUUAUUAUUAUUAACCUGCUUGGCUUUUCUGUCAGUUUUUACUAUUUUAUACCAGAAUAAACCAACAGACAGUAAUGCCUUAUGAUUUGACUUUUAUUACAUUAUAGUUUGGUGCAAAAAUAACUGCGAUUUUUGCCAUAAAAUACAUUUAAUGGCAAAAACCACAAUUACUUUUGCACCAACCUAAUAGGUUUUUGCCAAUAUGUAUGGCAAAAAAUGAUACCUUUGUCCUAUGAGUGAGGCUGAAUCUUCUUUUCGUGUUUAAGAGGCAUUUAAUUCCUUCUCUGUGAUACCUUUUUGCAUGUCUUUUGCCAUUUGGCUACUGGGUUGAUAUCUUUUUUUUCCCUCAUUUUAUAAGCUCUCUUUAAAUACUAGGGAGAUUAGCCCUUUGUGGUACAAAUAGAAAAUAUUCCCAGUUUCUCAUUUCUCUCAUGAGCCUUUGCUUUCAUGUCUUCUGAGUUUUGAGCCUUUCUUAGAAAGGUCUCAUGGUUUCUCUUUUACAUUUAACAAUUUUAUUCUUUGGGAGUACAUCCUGACAAAUGGUUAUAAAGCUUGGAUGAAUGUUUUUAAUUUUUGUAAAUAAUAACUAAUUUAAUACCUUGGUAAUAUUUUUCUGUGCAUUUAUUUGAUUGUUGGCAUGUAGAAUAUUAUUCUCUGUGUUUUCUGAUUGAAUUUAAUACCCAGUGAAUAGUCUGUGCCUAUUUUUGCAUAUAUUAGUCUUUGGGAUCUCAAUUGUCCUGUGUAUUUCUUAUAUAAUACAGACAAGAUUAAUACAUUUAUCGCAAAUAUUUUUCCCAAUCUAUUUUUUUGUCUUUUUAUAUUUAUUAUGUUCCACAAAGUUUUUAGUUUUUUAUACAGUAUUUACUUUUAUAUCCAUAUGCUUUUUAAAAGGUGAUUUUAAUUAUUUACAGUACCUAAACCAAAAGUGGAACUCAGAUAUUUGCUAGUGGUUAAAUACUUGUAAAUAGAAAUUCUUUGAAAGCACAAUGAUAACUGCCAUUAGCUAGGUCACUUUUGUAGCAGUUAUGACCUGAGUUUCUUUCAAAUUAGCGACAUCAUCUCUGGAGUAAUUUUUUUUUUGAGACAGAGUCUUGCUCUGUUGCCCAGGCUGGAGUGCAGUGGUGUGAUCUCGGCUCACUGCAACCUCUACCUCCUAGGUUCAAGCCAUUCUCCUGCCUCAGCCUCCCAAGGAGCUGGGAUUAUAGGUGCCCACCACCACACCCAGCUAAUUUUUCUAUUUCAGUAGAGACAGGGUUUCACCAUGUUGGCCAGGCUGGUCUUGAACUCCUGACCUCAAGCAAUCCACCCGCCUCGGCCUCCCAAAGUGGUGGGAUUACAGGUGUGAGCCAGUGUGCCCAACCAUUGCUGGAGUAAUAUAAUUAACAACUACAGAAAGGAAUCUUCCAAAAAAAAAAUCUAGAACAUAUCACCAGAAGCCUUUCAUUUGAUACUUAAAAUAACCUGUGAAGUACUAAAUUUGAUAUUUAGUCAAGGAAAAAGAAAUAGGUUCAAAUAAGAGACACGCUAACUUCUCGUUACCCGAAAUCUAUACAUGUUAAUGACCAUGCAUGCAUUUACAGUAAAGGGAUAAUUACAUCUUGGACUUAACACUUCAUGUAAAGUACACAAAUCAAGGAAACGGCUUCAUCACUGAUGUUACCUUUAAUCUAAAAAGAUCUCUAUAAAACAAGAAAACCUCUAUGUACAGAUCUUUUAAAAUUAAAGCAGGCACCUUUGCUGGUCCUUUAUUUACCAUGGAUACAAGUCCUUUGAUGGGACUGCAAAUAUUUUCUCCCAGGCUGCAUCUUUUUAAAUGAUGUUUUGACAAGCAGAAGUUUUUAAUGUUGCUGAGGUCCAAUUCACACUUUUUUUCCUAUUGUGUUUUGUGCUUUUCGUGUCCUAAUAAAUCUUUACCUGCACCCAGAUUAUGAACAUGUUAUACUAUAUUCUACAAAUUUUAUAGCUUUAGCUUUGAUUAGGUAUGUGAUCCAUUUUGAGAUAACUUCUGUGCAUGAUGUGAAGUAUUUGUUGCAUCUGUUUUUGUUUCCUUUUUUCGUCCUUUCUAUUGGAUUUUUCUGAAUUUUUUUAUUUAUUCGGUUGCCAUAUUUAAUACAGAUCUUAUUCUUGAAGUUGUUACUCCAGGGUUUACAAUAUGCAUCAUUAAUCACAGUCCACCUUUUCUUAAGGUAUAACUAUCUUCACAUAUUAUACCACUUCAUGUAAGGUAAGAAAGGAAAGAAUUUCGCAACAGUGUAUUUUCAUCCUUAUCAGUGAAUACAGAAUUCUGGAUUGACAGUGUUUCCCCACCUAACACUUUAAAGAUUUCAUUUUGUUUCCUUGCUGUUUUUUAUAAUAGAUCAGCAGAAAUUCUUUGUUCUCAGUUGUAUGUAAUAUAUUUUUUCUCUGGUUAAGAUUUUCUCUGUCUUCCCUGGUUUGAUUUUCUUUGUAUUUGGCCAGAACUUCUUUCUGUACUUCUUGGAUCUCUGAUUUAUCAUUUUGAACAAAAUUGGAAAAAAAUGUAUAGAUCACCUUCUCUUCUACCCACUAUCCUGGGGCAUCCAUAGCCUUCAUGUUAAUCUGCUUGACCUGUCCUAUGGGUUACUCAUUUUUUUUUCUUCCAGACUUUUUCCUUUCCUUCAGUUUGUAUACUUUUAAUUGCUGUCUUCAAAUUCCCAGAUCUUUUGUAGUUUCUGAUCUACUACUGUAAAGACCACCAAAUGUAUUCUUAAGCUCUAAAAAUUACAUUUGGUUCUUUCUUACACCAUUUAUUUCCUCAGUAUGUUCAUCUCCUCUAGAUCCUCAAAAAUAGUUAGAAUUGGUGUUUUAGAGUGCUUCUCUGCUAAUUCCAUAAUUUCUGUCACUUCUGGGUCUAUUUAACUGAUUUACUUUUGAUUAUGUGUUACAUUUUCCUGCUUCUUCACAUAUCUGGUAAUUUCUGAUUAAACUGGACACUCAUUUGCUGAGUAGAUUUUGUUGUCUGUUUUUAUAGAGUGUUGAAUGUUGAGGGAGUCUGGUUUCUGUGAGGUAGUUAAGUUAGCGGCAGUCACCUUAUUCCUUUCAAGCAUUGUUUAUAAGCCUGCUAGGUUGGGUCUUUAUCUUACAUUUUAUUCUAAGGGCUAUUUUAGUCCUACUACUAAGGCUUGAUUUUUCCAGAGUCUCUACUGAAUGUUCUGAAUAUCAAUAAGAUCUGUCCACACUGGCUGGUCAGAACACAUGUCUCUCAGCUCUGUGUGAGUUCUGGGACAUUUUUGGCUUACAGCUCCCCAGUAGUCAUUCAUUCCUCAGUCUCUUUAAGUUUCACCAUAAGCAGGCACAAUUUAGUAUUGAGCCCAAAAGCCAAGGGAAUAUCUACGUAGAUUUCUGGAGAUCUUUCUUUAGCUCUUUGCUCCAUGGUAGUCGGAUUUAUAAAUCCCAACCACUUAAGCAUACCUGUACCCCAAUCUUUGUCUCAACUCAGCAAGACCACCUGUGCUUUGCUUGACACUGUUAUCUGAAAACUGCUUUAAGACAGAAGUUGGGGCAAGUAGAGGCUUACUUUGUCUCCUUUCUCUCAAGAAUCAGUUUCGUACUGCCUGCUAUGCAAUGUAUUAAAACAGUAGUUUCACAUAUUUUUGUCCAGUUUUCUAGUUGUUUAUGGCAGGAGGGCAAGUUCAUGACCAGUUAUUCCAUCACUGCCAGAAGCAGAUGUUCAAAUUACAUAAUUUAAAAAAAAAUUUUUUUCUUUGAGACAAAAUGUUGCUCUCUUGCCCAAGCUUGAGUGCAGUGGUGCGAUCUUGGCUCACUGCAACCUCUGCCUCCCGGGCUCAAGCGAUUCUCCUGCCUCAGCCUCCUGAGUAGCUGGGAUUACAGGCAUGCAGCACCACGCCCAGCUAAUUUUUGUAUUUUUGGUAGAGAUGGGGUUUCAACAUGUUGGCCAGGCUGAUCUCAAACUCCUGGCCUCAAGUGAUCUGCCCGCCUCGGCCUCCCCAAGUAUUGGGAUUACAGUCGUGAGCCACCGCGCCUGGCCUUAAAAUACUUUUUUAGCAUACUUGGAACAAUAUAAAGAGAAUCAUUUCAGUGAAGACUAAAAUUUUUGAUGUGUAAAGUGUGCUUUGGCAUCUCCAUCUUGCAUCCCCUUCAGUGGAGUCUCCUUUAUGUUGCUUUACCUUUUCCCUAUCAAAGUCUCUGGAAAAGAUUUGCCAAACUCAUCAGGCAAUUAUGUACAAACAAGGAAAUUCACUAUGGUAUUUUCUGCAUCUCAAGACUGGCAAUGGUAUAAAUGUUCCUCAGUAGGCAGAGGUUAAAUAGAAUAUCUUUCUUUUAUAUAUUAGUAAACAGCCAGUAAAAAUAAAUACAAAAAUAAUGGAAAGAUUUCCAUUAGAUAGCCAGAGGAAAACAUAAGUUGCAGGGCAAUGUGUAUAAUUGUAAAAUUUUUAAAAUAUAUAUUUCAAAAAAUACAUUUUUAUAACCAGUGCAUACUAUUUAAGUAACUUAAAGUAUACAUAUAAAUAUACACAGAAAUAUAUGUGUAUGUGUGUCUUAAAAUACAAACUGCUUAACCCUUUUGGUGAUGUUCAUACUUUUAAAAAAGGGAGCAUCAUCCUUCAUGAUGCAGGUUAGGGGGAGCUUGUUGAAUUUUUUUAAAAGGUGUUUCGGGGUUGGGCUUUUUUUUUUUUUUUUUUUUUUUUUGUCUUUGGUAGUGUGGAAAGAGUUAACCUAACCUCUAAUCAUAUAGUAGGAUAUGCUUCUUUGUAUAGUACAAGUAAAUGACUUGUCAUUUACUUCAUAGUACUGUCAUCAAAUCUACAGAUGACUAAAAUAUUACUCUAGCCAAGAACACAUUUAAACUAACAUACAGUAAAACACAUUUUUUGGUUUAGGUCUAAAACACAACACCUGACUUUUCUGAUAUGGAAUGAGGCAAGGAACAGAACAUUUUCUUUCUAACUUUAAACACAGUUAUUGUCUGUUAGAUUAACCUACUAGUUGUAAGUUGAAAAUUCAAACCAGAUAACAGAAAAAAGAAUUUUAUAGCAAUAUUAUAAUAAUAAAAUAUGAACAGGAUAAAAUGGUAGAUUAACAUGUAUUUUUCUUUCCUUUUUUUGUGCUCACAGAGACUGAUAAUAAAAUGUGUUUUUUUAAAAGCUAUAACUUUACAACUUAGGCUGAAAACCACUAUAGUAAAUGUUUUACAAAUGGCCCAAAAUGGAAAUCCCUAAUUCUAUGUCUUUGUUCAUUAUGUCUCAUAAUCAAAACUUUAAAGUUGGAUUAAUUUUGUACUCUUGUAAAUAUGCUAUGCCAUUUUGAAUGAAUGCAUAUGACUGAAUAUAUGAAUAUAUGUUUUCAUGAAUGCCACAAACUGUUUUAAUUUUGCCCAAACCUGAAUUUCUCCAUGUGUCUCAGAUAUAGCUAACUUUACAGCUAAAUUUUAAGGCAUUAAAGGGACCUUUAAAUCA